AUGUCGGGGCGAGGCUCUCUCCCGGAGGGCUCGCUCUUUCUUGGAUUGGACAGCUCCACUCAAUCGCUGAAAGCUACGGUGCUCAACAAUGAGUUAACGAUUGUAGCUUCUGAAAUCGUUAAUUUUGACUCUGAAUUGCCACACUACAAAACUGAAGGUGGGGUGUACCGAGACCCCGCAGAUGAUGGCCACAUUUUUUCACCAACCAUUAUGUGGGUGGAAGCUCUGGAGCUGCUGCUUGAGAAGCUAAAACCAAAGAUCAACUUCGGUAGAGUAGUGGCUGCCUCAGGGAGUGGGCAGCAACAUGGCAGUGUUUAUUGGAAGAAGGGCAGCCAUGCUGUGUUGUCCUCCUUGGAUGCUAGUAAGAGCUUGUUAUCGCAGCUCAAGGAUGCAUUUUCUACAAUGAACUCACCGAUAUGGAUGGAUAGUAGCACAACCAAGCAAUGCAGAGAAAUAGAAAAUGCAGUUGGAGGUGCACUGGAGUUAGCAAAACUGACAGGAUCUCGUGCCUAUGAAAGAUUCACUGGCCCCCAGAUAAGGAAGAUCUAUCAGACAGAGCCUGAUGUUUAUGAAGAUACCGAGAGAAUAUCUUUGGUGAGCUCAUUCAUGGCAUCUAUCCUUGUUGGAAGCUAUGCAAGUAUUGAUGAAACUGAUGGUGCGGGGAUGAACUUGAUGGAUAUAAACCAGAGGACCUGGUCAAAGUCUGUUUUAAAGGCAACUGCUCCUGGACUUGAAGCAAAGCUUGGAAAUCUAGCACCAGCGUAUUCAGCUGCUGGCCGAAUCGCUCCUUAUUUUGUAGAAAGGUUUCAGUUUGAUAAGAACUGUUUGGUCAUUCAGUGGUCUGGAGACAAUCCUAAUAGCCUUGCAGGUUUAACUCUGAAUACUCCUGGCGAUCUUGCCAUUAGCCUUGGUACUAGCGAUACAGUAUUCGGGAUAACUGCAGAAGCUAAACCAAGCCUUGAAGGGCAUGUUUUCCCCAACCCUGUUGAACCUGAUGGUUAUAUGGUGAUGCUAUGCUACAAAAAUGGCUCUUUGACCAGAGAAGAUGUGCGAAAUCGGUAUGCUGACAAAUCAUGGGAUGUUUUUAACAAUUAUCUGGAGAAAACACCCCCUCUAAAUGGUGGAAAGUUGGGAUUCUACUACAAAGACCAUGAAAUCCUUCCACCAGUUCCAGUGGGUUUCCAUCGGUACGCUGUCGAAAAUCUCAAUGACGUCUCAUCAGACACUCUGUUGGAGCGUGAAGUGGAAGAAUUUGACCCACCCUCCGAGGUUCGUGCCAUCAUUGAGGGUCAAAUGCUGUCGAUGCGAGGCCAUGCCGAGAGGUUUGGCAUGCCGAACCCUCCCAAGCGGAUCAUAGCAACCGGAGGGGCAUCCUCUAACGAAAGCAUCCUCAAGUCAAUCGCGCAGAUCUUCGGCUGCCCUGUCUUCACAGUCCAGAGACCUGAUUCGGCUUCGCUGGGCGCGGCGCUGAGAGCUGCCCACGGAUGGCUGUGCAACGCCCAAGGCAGCUUUCUCCCCAUCUCGUGCUUGUACCAGGGCAACCUGGAGAAGACCUCCCUUGGCUCGAAGCUGGCGGUCCCAGCUGGCGACAAGGAGGAGGACCGGGAGCUCCACCAGAAGUACACCCUCCUGAUGAGGAAGAGGGUGGAGAUCGAGAGACGCCUGGUGGAGAAUAUCGGGCGAUCGUAG